AUGCGAACCCGCCGCCGGCCGAUCCCUCGAAAGGGACACACCAAAUCCCGACGCGGCUGCUUCAACUGCAAGCGGAGGAAGGUCAAGUGCCAGGAGACGCUGCCAGAAUGCUCCAACUGUCUCCGUAUUGGCUUGGUCUGCGAGUACCCGGACACGCGCCCUCGGUUAUUCAUGGACUUGGCACCGUCCGAGAUAUCAUCAUCCUUGGCCGUCAUGUCUUCGCCCUCCGCCCCGCUUCAGUCGGCACCGACUCUGUUUACCCCUGAUGACAUGCGCUUCUUCCAUCACUUUCUCGCCAACGCCUAUCCCCCGCUUCCCCUCCUGGGCGACGAGAUAUGGAGAAACUAUGAUUAUCUGAUGCAUGCCAUGCUGGGCCUAGGCGCCUCGCAUCUGGAUAUCUACCUCGGCAACUACUCAUCUCACGCGUUAUCCCAUCGCGUCAAGGCCAUCCAGGGCCUCAAACAGGCUUUGAGCACCCCGCCAACGUCCACCGCCGAGGGAGACGCCAGGUUUGCCGCCAUCUUCGCUUUGGCAUUUCAGGCCUCUUGCAUGCCCCAUGGCAUGUGCGAGUUCCUGUCCAUGGUCAAGGGUUGUCAUCUUAUCGCCAGCACCUCGCUGUUGUCCUUCCGAGAUUCGCUGUUCUGGGAGUUCACCCAAGAAGGCUACAGCCAGAGUGUCCGGCGGGCGAUCGGAACAGGACCCGUCCACCUCAAUCCAGACCAAGAAGCGCUGCUUGACAGCUUCCUUGAGUCUCUGCGGGCACUCGCUCCCCUUUGCACAAGCCCACUGGAGAUCAAGUUUAUGGCUUCCACCGAGCGUGUGGUAAAGAUGGCAAAGGUGGAAGCAGCGGAAGGUCGGUUCCACCCUCACAGGGCUCACAGACAAAUGGCCCAACUGACACUUGCCCAGCAUUUGCCCAGGUCGCCACCCAUUAUUCCUUGA